AUGGCCAAUGAAAACAUUGAUAGAGACGCUCAGUUGAGUUGUCAGAUUCAAGAGAAAUUUUCAGCAAACCAACAAACGCCAAAAAUUUAUGAUCAAAAGGACUCAUGGCGGCGGGAAAUGGAGCUCAUUAUCCAAGAGCUUUAUCCUAGCUGUCGCCUUGUGUUGUGCGGGUCUUCUGCAAACGGAUUCGGAAGCACUGAUAGCGACAUCGAUCUCAUUUUGACUGCUAAAAGCAGGGAAGAUGCAGAAGCUUACAUGUUAAGAAGAAUAGAAUCGCUUUUCACCAGGACACCCAGACGCUUUGAAACAAGGGUAAGGUCUUUUCAAUCUAUUGAGUCAAUAUCACUGUCUCGCUGAGAAAGCCUUUUUGAAAAACGAUUAAUUAUGCAAACUUUAAUGAAAUAUUAAUUAAAGUGAAGCUAUGUGUAACGAAGUGUUUUAACAUUUACGAAGGCUAACAUAACUUUUGCAGGUGAUCACCGACGCUAGAAUUCCAAUCAUAAAACUCAAAGACAAGGAAAAGUCUUUUACAUCUGACAUCUCCGUCAACAACUGGGCAAAUGUUCGCAACGCUUUCCUUUUGAAAUGUUACUCCGAGUGCGAUCCAAGAGUGAAACCUCUGGUUGUCAUUAUCAGACUGUGGGCUCAGAAGGCUGAGAUUACCAACGCAAGAUUACACCGACUUGCUGGUAAUGCCUGAGAAAGAUAUUUUUCUAUUCGUUAUGCUUUUUACACCGAUAUAGAUGAACUCGUAUUCCUUGUUGGACAAUUUAUCGAUUUACCUCUAAGAAACCACGAACGGCUUUAUAAUUUUCCUCGUAAUAAGUUUAUUUCUUUCUUCACCGACUACGUUUCUUACCAAUUUCGUAAGUGCCCUUCUAGCACCAAGAAGAGGGCAGGGGGGAGGGUGAGGCUGCAUCCUCAUUUGGUAGGAAAUGUACCUUUUACUGUGGAAGUCAGGAUGAAGACUAUUAAAUUCCUGGUAUUUUGCAAUAUUUUUUCAUUAAAACUUGUACUUGAUUUAAUUAUUCCAUGGUAAAGGUUUAAUAUCUGACUAUAGCUCAAUUUUUUGGUCCACAGGUUUCGCAGUUGUGCUACUUGUCAUUAAUUAUCUACAAGCCGGGUGUUCUCCCCCUGUCCUCCCCUCGAUCCAAAAAGAUUUCCCAGAGCUCUUCCGAUCAACAGAAAAUGAUAUCAUAUCAAAACUCACCGGCAGCACUCCUCCCCAAGUAAAGUCACACAAAUCCAAGAACACGCAAAACGUUGGUGAGUUGUUGAUCGGGUUUUUCAAGUACUACUCCUCUUUUGAUUGGAAGAAAACCAUAUCUGUUCGAAUGGGAAAUACUCAGCCAACUUCACGGUAUGGAAGAGUUUGGAGUGGGCCCUAUAUUAAGCUGGAAGAUCCGACAGACGGAGGAAAUGUCACAAGGGGCGUGUAUAACUCGAGCGAAUUCACACGCAUAAAGAAUGCCUUUCAAUCUGCCUCAACUCAGCUGGAACAGAAUGCAUCUCUACAAGACAUUUUUUAA